CAUUUCACUUUGUAAUUUAUUGAACUCACGUAAAAUAACCUCCAAGUAGUUGGACAGUCUGAUACAUAUUUGUCGUUGUGUCUGUCUGUCUGAUUGACUUAUUUACUUACCGACCGAUCGACCAGGUGACUGACAGACUGAAUGACCGAAGACUAACCAAUCGGUUGACGAUAAAAUCAAAAUGUAUAUAUCGCCACCACAGUCUGAUUGGUGACUUGAAGAUCCUCUUCCUGUUCUAUUUAAUCGAUCCCGGAACAACAAAUAUUGUUAUCGUUUAAGUUUAUGUAGGUAGUAAGUUAAUUCAUUAUGUUGCCUGGAGAAUGGAAACGUUAUUGUGAAAAUCACCUGACUAUGAUGUCUCAGUGAAUUUUGUUAGCAUGCUAUAUUCAAUGAAUAUAACACAUUGUUAGAGACAAUUUAGAAGAUGAAUACCACGGACUUGGAAUCUUCUUCACUAGUGACUAUUGUCUUCAGGACAGUGAUUAUGAUCAUAAUUAUGGUGUUGGCCCUCGUGGGUAAUUCGAUAACACUUGCAAUAUUGUACAAAAAGGAAUCGCUUCGCACAAAAACAUCUGUGUUUGUUGCUAACCUCGCGAUUGCAGACUUAUUGAACGGACUACUGGUUAUGCCUGUGAUUCUCAGUGCCUCUAUUGCUAACAACUGGCCAUUUGGAAAUGCAUUUUGUCAAGUAUCUGCAGUCAUUACUGUACAACUUUGUUUAACAAGCAUUUCGACGUUAUGCGCAGUAGCAAUUGAACGGUAUCACUCUAUCGUCAAUCCAAUGGUUUAUGAAUCCAAAAUGUGUAAACGGAACGUCAUUUUUCUCUUAAGUUGGACUUGGAUCCAGCCAUUCGUAUUUUCGAUGUUGCCAAUUUUAGGCUGGGGAAAAUAUGUUUACGUACCGUACAUAUUUACAUGUAUAACUCCGUGGGGAGAUGAUACAGCCUUUACUGUAGUUUUAUUCCUUGUUUGUAUGUUUAUUCCAUAUGUUAUAACAGUAAAAGUAUAUUAUCAUAUAGGUAGGCUAACUUUUAGACUCCUAAAACGUGUGAAUAACGCCGUAUCAACCGGUACAUCGGGACCGAUUUGUUACGGUUCCCCGAAGAGAUCCGACGUGAAAUCUGCCUCGGUGUUUGCCAUCGUACUUGGCACAUUCACAAUUUGUUGGCUUCCUUACCAGAUUAUUAUGAUCUGUCAACUGUUUAAUAUAACUUUACCAAACUGGUAUUUUACCGUUGCAGCAUGGCUAGCGGUAAUGAAUUCAUCCUGCAAUCCCAUUAUCUACUGUUUGAUGAAUCGACAAUACAGAGAUGGAUUUAAGGAACUUAUACGAAGGCAUCGUUUACAAUACACUUACGAUAAAUGAUUAAUUUUGCCUUGCAUGAUAUGUACUUCAAAUGCAAGCGACAUAGACCUACAAGUUUAUUCAGAUAAUUAUAACAUGUCACUGUUUGCAAUUUAACCGCCUUGAACAAUCACCUUUACAUGGAUAAGAGCUUAAUUAUAAGUACAUAGAUUGAUUGCAGCACAGUAUUAGGCCUAUUAUUUUUAAAUGCGUUUUAUUAUUGAACGAUAAUUUGAAAUUCAUUAUUUUAUUACGCAGUACAGUACUAUUAUUUUUAAAUACUUUUA